AUGUCAGAGUACUCUGUGUAUCAACAGUUGAAUGAAGAUACAAACGCAACUAAAUAUACUUAUAAAUUACUACAGCUACCAUCAAAGAUACUAAAUCAACUUGAAUCCAAGUCAACUAACUUGUAUAUAAAAUCUGAUAUCAAUUCCCUAGCAUUAUGCACUGAUUCAGAAACUUUCAAGUUACGACAAAUGAACCAUUCCAAUACAGUCUUGCUAUUGAACAAAGAACCUGACAACAAGUUAAUUGGGUUUCAGAAAACCAGUUAUGAAUAUGAGUUGACAGAAAUCAAAGGUUCGAUCGAUACGUCCGAUAUCCCUAUUUUCAACGGACAAACAGCACAGCAACCUAUUGAUUUGAUAGCAUUGGAAGAUAAUUCGAUUUGUUCACAUCAAGAGUUUUUAUCGAAUUGGUAUGAGUUGGGAGGUUGUGAAAUUGAUAAUGGAGCAUAUAUAAUGAGUGCAGAUAUUAUUACUGAACUAUUAUAUCUAUUAAUCACCAAAUUGAUGAGUUUACAAGUGCACGAGUUUUCUCCGGAAGAUGUUUCAUCCAUCAUCACGCCCCCUUAUAAUGACUCAAUGUUAACAUCAAUCAUACACAAAUUUUGCACUAUAGAAAGUGAGAAAUAUCAAUUGAAUGAUUUAAAAAUUACACAGUGGUUUGGCAUUGUUGAGAUGUCAAAAAUCAAUCAUAAAAUGACCGAUAUUUCAGAGUUCUUAUUGAAUUGGAAAACUAGUUUGCCGUCAUUCUAUAACCCUCCAUUGGACAUCAGUCAAUUGGCAGGCUAUUACUGCUCCCCAAUCGAAAACAAAAUAUUGUAUGUCGACCCAGAAUCUUUAUCAGAAAAUUUGAGUCAACGAUUCAAAGAAUUGUUUGAAUUGGAUAAAAGUUGGAACUAUGAUGAGUUUAUUCCAUUCAUUAAAAAGUUUGUUCCUGCCGGUAAAAAGGUCGACUCAAUUAUUUUAAAGUAUGGCAAGAAGAAGAAAGUUGGUAGAGAUAGAUUUAUAGUCUGUCCUAGAUAA